GUAGAGUGGAGGCUCAGAGGCUGCUGUUGUUCUUGGCGGGAGUCCAUUUUGGAGAGUGGCUGUGCACUUGAUCCAAGCAAGGUCAGCGAGCCUGAGAGUCUCACUGGGUGUGCACGUGGACAGCCGCAGGAAAUAACCUGGAGCGCAGCAAAAAGCCUGUCCAGCUGCAGUGGACAAUUGCAUGGAAGGAUCACUCCACCAGGUCUCUCGCCAUGGUGAACGAGUCUUUCGGCGCCGGCAACGGGGUGGCCGUCCUCGGCAACGGGGCGGCUGUCGUGAGGUCUGACGGCAGCAGUGGCAGCGACAGCUCCAAGGACAGCUCGCGAUGCUCCACCCCUGUCCUCGACAGCGAGCGGCACGACCGCCUGUGGGAGAAGAUGCGGAGGCGGCAGGAGUCCGGGGACAAGUGGUUCUCCCUGGAGUUCUUUCCUCCGAGGACGUCCAACGGGGCCGUCAACCUGAUUUCCAGGCUUGACCACAUGGGUGCGGGCGGUCCACUCUUCAUUGACGUGACCUGGCACCCGGCUGGCGACCCAGGCUCCGACAAGGAAACCUCCUCCAUGAUGAUGGCAAGCACAGCGCUCAACUACUGUGGCCUGGACACCGUCCUUCACAUGACCUGCUGCAACCAAACCAAGGAGAUGAUCACGGCGCACUUGCAGAAGGCCAAGCGGCUAGGUCUCAAGAACAUCAUGGCGCUGCGUGGAGACCCCAUUGGGGAAGAGUGGCAAGAGGAGGUCGAGGGUUUCAACUACGCCGUUGACUUGGUGAAGCACAUCCGCUCUGAGUUCGAGGAUUACUUUGACAUCUGUGUGGCAGGUUACCCCAAGGGACACCCGGAAGCAGAGAGUUACGAGGAAGACUUGAGGCACCUGAAGGAGAAAGUGUCCGCAGGAGCCGACUUCGUCAUAACGCAGCUGUUCUUUAGGUCGGAGACCUUCCUCAAGUUCUUGAAGGACUGCCAGGCUAUUGGCAUCACCUGCCCUGUCGUGCCCGGGAUAUUCCCCAUACAGGUGAGUUGUGUUUGGGUGCUUCUUAUGGGAUUCUCCCACCAGGGCAUCUAGUUGGCCCCUCUGACA